AUGACGCCCCAUUCCCCAGAUGAAGCUCUUCACUUUCGAGGCAAGACCCUGACUCCCGAAAGCCCUCGCCCGCUGCACGUCGCGGAGCCGGCCAAAAUUCCCGUGCUCCAGAACCAGAUGGAUCCUGUUUUCAACGACACUUCGACUUAUGAGAAGUCCUCGGAUUACUUCCACGGACUCAACUCCCAGGCGCAUCAGAAUGGAUCAGAUUCCUAUGCAUCCCAUGGCCCCUAUGGUGGUUUAGAAGCAAUGAGGGGAAAUGCGACCGGCUCCGCGCAACAAGCCCCGGAGCAACCACCACCGCCACACUAUCUGCAUCAUCCACAUCACCCACAUCAUAUACAAGGUAGCUUCCAACCUGGCUCUUUUACUCUGGAUGAGGGUUCGUCGAACGAUAGGAAUCACUUCACACAGUCUGCUGGUGCUUUCCUCGCCCAGGCGUCUCUGCUGCCAUCAGAUCGAUCUGCCCCCUCCAAUCCGUAUUCCUCUAUGAACCGGGGAGCAACCGCCGCAAACUCUUCUCUAACCACAUUGCCUCCAUCAGAUGCCGCUGCCAUUCUAGCUCACUCUAUGCCCGAUGCCCCUCCCUCUUCCUCCCAUGCCGCCCAGAAUUACCCCAGUGCGAGUCAGGUAAACCCUGCUGUUGCCAGCUGGACGACCUCGUUUCCCCCGUCCGAUCGCCUAGUCUCCCAAAACAAACCCGCUGAUAGCACCGGUGAGGAUGGUGUCGACUUUCAGAACCUCCUCGAUAAUCUUCCCCCUUCCUCUACUGCUCCCUCUGCCCCUACUGUCGCAGAAACCGCGCCUUCAACGGCCGCCGAUGCUUCUGCGCUCUCCCAAACGGGAACAGACGACCUGGGACUUCCCCCGCGCCCCCCUCCCCAAGACAAACCCUCGAUCCAUCCCAACUACAAUGCCACUGAUGACAUCCGUUCCUACCAUCAACUUCCCCCUAAUAAUUCCACCGCGCAGCCCUCGUCUCCCUCCUAUGCCGCCCAACAAAGUAAUAAUUAUCAGUCCAACCCGGGUGUAUCACCCUUGGCAGCAGCUGGUGCCCCAGGAACCUCUUCGGGAGUAAGCGCGCUGCCGCCUCCCCCUGUGGCGAGCUUCCAGCAUGCAGAGCCUCAAGAGGCUGCUGCGGCCGGGACCCCCGCUGCCAAUACUGCUUCCUCCGCCGCUGUUUCGGCAACGACCACUAAGAACGGUCGUGCGGAACGACCAAGUGCUCGGCAGUCAUCCAAAAGCGCCGAUGAAGAUACUCCAUGGGGCCCCGAAGUGCAGAAGAAAUACGACGAGUUUCUUCAUGACGAGAGGAUUUAUGUCACAGAAGGUCUCUGGGAUCGCUUCCCGCCUGGUUCCAGAUUAUUUGUUGGAAAUCUUCCUACGGAACGAGUGACGAAGAGGGAUUUGUUCCAUAUCUUUCACAAGUUCGGCAAACUAGCCCAGAUCUCGAUUAAACAAGCUUACGGGUUCAUUCAAUUCCUGGACUCGUCUGCUUGCAAGAAUGCGUUGGAUUCUGAACAAGGAGCAGUCGUGAGAGGACGGAAAGUCCAUCUUGAAAUCUCAAAACCGCAGCGAAACACAAGACCAGGAACCGCUUUGGGCGAGCAGCCUCGUGCGCCACCGCCUAGACGGUCGAGAUCGCCUGAAUACAGUCGGGGCGGUCCAUCUGGCAACCGUAACGCACGAGCUCAAGCCGAGCGUUAUGAUAGACCAUACGAAUCUGGCAGAGUGCCAUUCAGCGACUUCAGGGAUGAACCGAGCCAUCGGAGACGCGACGACUACCGACCUCCUCGAUCACCAUCCCCACGUGCUUUUCGCGGCCGAGAUGGAUACAGGUCUCGAGAUCGGACGCCUGAGCGGUAUGACCGCCGGGAGAGGCGACGUUCUCGGUCUCCUUAUGCCCGGGAUAGAAGAUAUCGCAGCCCAAGCCCACGGGCCCGUGGGACCUAUGAAACAGAGACCGACAUACCGGUUCCGCGGAGGGCCCCAAGAGAUGUCCCAGAAGUGCAGCUUCUAGUGCUCGAGGAAGUUGAUCGGAAUUUCUUAUUCCACGUUGAGAAUUCGUUCCGCAACCGUGGGCUUCGAGUUGACAGUCUAGUGCUGGGCCCGAGGAUCCCGCUCAGUGCUGCCGUUCAACGUCAGAUCCAGGAGGGUGUCCUUGCGAUUGUGAGACUGUCGCGACCAAGCCAAUUCUCGAGAAAGAUCCCAUUGCAGCUAUUUGAUCGAAGCGCCGGCUCGGAUAAUGUUCGAUCAAACGAAUACCCCGAUGUUGAACCCAGCAUUGCGGCUGAGAUUGUUUUUCAUGCACAAUCUGUCCAACGCGGCGGGUCUCAUCCCUUCACACCAAAUCCGGCUUUUGGUGUAGCCCUCCCUGCUCCGGCUGCAUCAGUGCCUCAAGCUCCUCUGCCUACCAUGCCGAAUCAGCCGAAUAUUGCCAAUCUGAUCACAUCUCUCGAUGGGCCAACUUUACAAUCCCUUCUUGGGGUACUUCAACAGCAGCAGCAACGUCCGUCGGCUGUUCCCAGCGCGCAGCAGCCUUUCGCCCCUGCUGCCGUUCCUCCUGCCACACCGCACACGACCGCGGAUCUCGCUAGUCUGCUGAACGCUGCGACUCGACAACCCAUGCCGGCGAAUCCUCAGCAGCCGCUGGCUCCGCAACCCUUCCCUUUACAGGCGCCUAAUGCUCCGGUGGUUUCAGAUCCUAAUCUGAUCUCUCUGCUUGCGAAGGGUCUGGGAGGUCAACAGGCGCAGAACCAAGCUGCUGUCGGUCACCAGGUGCAGAAUAUCAUGCAUCAGCUGGGUAAAUGGAAGCAGUGA